AUGGAGAUCGCUUUAUCCACAUUUCUGGGUGAGAUUGCCCAAAGAUCAGUGUCUUUCUUCAUCGGCAAACUCUCCAACAAGGAGGAGGUAAUAACCUCCUUACCCUCUGACGAGAGCCUACACCGGAAGCUGCUGAGGAUUUGCAUCAUCGUCGAGGACGCCGAGGGCCGGCAAAUCAGGAGCCAAGCCAUGCUUGAGCAACUCAAAGUUCUGCGAGCAGGGAUGUACAGAGGCUACUACGCGCUGGACACCUUCAGGUACCAAUCCUACAAAGAAGACGAAGGCGAGGACGACGAUGAGGUGAGCCACCACUACUCUUUUGCCAUUUCCAAGUUCAACCCUGCCAAGCGCAUUCAGUUGCGUGGCAGAAGCAGUAGUCAAGGUGGAGAGAGGGAGCUGCAUCAAGUGCUUGGCUCCCUAGAUGUAACCAUCACUGAUGCAAGGGAAUUCCUCAUGUUCCUGAAAGAUUGUCCCCCAUUGUACCACCGUUUGUACAACACCUACAUGGUUUUGGAGAAGUGUAUGUUUGGCCGCCAUGCCGAGAUGGAGCACAUCAUCAACUUCCUUAUGCAGAAGUGUGCUCCUGGCUCUACCGGAGAUUUCGGUGUCCUACCGGUUGUCGGUCCAGCGAAAGCCGGUAAGAGCACACUUGUUGAACAUGUAUGCAAUGAUGAAAGAGUGCGUAGCGCCUUCUCCCGGAUCGUGUUCUUCGCAGAAGGCGACCUUGAAGGAAGGAUUGAUUGUGUCAGGGAUGGUGGCAAGGUGAAGUAUCAAAGUCAUGCCUCAGAAUGCAGAGAUCAAAGUGUUUUGGUUGUUGUGGAAGUGAACGGGGACAUCAGUGAGGCUACAUGGAGUCGCUUAUGUUCAGCAUCCAAAAGGUGCGCUACAAAUGGUGUCAUCAGGUUCAUAAUCUGCAGCCGGUCCGACGAGAUUGUCAGAUUUGGAACGACGAGAGUUCUCAAGGUAGAGAAUCUUACUCAGGAAGCGUUCUGGUACUUCUUCAAAGCUCUUGCGUUUGGGAGUGUUGAUCCCCGGGAGGAACCGAAGCUCGCGUCAAUGGCUAUGGAGAUCGCCGCGUAUCUGAACUGCUUCUUCAUAGCAGGAAACACCAUAGCCAGGAUGCUUAGAGACAACCUCAGUGCAAAGUUCUGGCGCAUGGCUUUGACAAGUUUCAGAGAAGUCGACCGGAGAUACCGCUUCUUCAUUUUUGGCGCGCAACCAGCAAAUCCUUCAGAAAACAGAAAAAUGAUUCGAAGGUUAAAUGGCUCCAAUGAGUAUUGCUCGUUUUUUAAUGGCUACCAAAAAGUUUCCUCCCAGGAAGAUGCUCCGGUGAUAACUUUUCAAGAGGUUCUGUCAGGGAGUGUUGUGCGUCGUGGGAAAUUUGAUGUCCUGGCAUGGAAAUCUCCCAUACCACCUUACCAUAGCUACACUUGUAGCUGUGAGAUUCAUGAGGUAGCAGAUUCAUGA